UGUUGGCGUAGCAAACCGCUAGCUUUGGCUCUGCUUGCGCCACUGACUGAAGCUGUCGUAGCAACCAUUUGAGUUAGCUUCCCGCCUGUAUUAGUGGCAGAUUUCAGCAACUGCGGCCAUUGCGUGGUUCAGUUAUCUCUUCGGACGCUUUCAAAAUGAUCUCACUCACGGACUCCCAGAAAAUUGGGAUGGGACUGACGGGAUUUGGUGUGUUUUUCCUCUUCUUUGGGAUGAUGCUGUUUUUUGACAAAGCUCUGCUGGCCAUAGGAAACAUUCUCUUCGUGUCGGGCCUCUCUUUCGUCAUCGGCCUGGAGCGCACCUUCAGGUUCUUCUUCCAGAGGCACAAAGCGAAAGCCACCAGCUUCUUCUUGGGAGGGAUUUUCGUGGUUCUGACCGGCUGGCCGAUCAUUGGAGUCGUCCUGGAAAUCUACGGUUUUUUCCUCUUAUUCAGGGGAUUCUUCCCAGUGGCGGUGGGGUUCAUCAGGCGGGUGCCUGUGCUCGGAUCUUUGCUCAGUUUACCAGGAAUUAGGACCUUGGUGGACAAAAUCGGCGAGAGCAACAAUAUGGUAUAAGGAGACCCUGCUAACACAAAGGGGGACAGUCCCACUAUUUAUCAUGGAUUCUCAUCGUGAUUGUACGUUCCAGUCCUUGCCAUUCCAGAGAAUUUCAUUCGCACAUUUUUUUCUGCAGAAAACACGCAAGUUUGUCUGUAAUCAUUCCUCUGACUGCAUCCAUUCCCCUCGUUCAGACACAAAGGACUAUCUGACUGAGACCGGACUACAAUACAAAUGUAUUCCUCUUUUCUACAACAAAAAAAAAAACCUCUUUGUACCAUCCCUCUUGCAAUAUUUAUAGAACGAAUACUUGAUAACACUGGACUAUCUCAGAGGAAAGUCAGUGCCUGGGAGCAAUCCUGUGUGACGUGUAAGUGGUCGAUUAAUGUUGAAUUUUGAAUCAACAAAGGUGGUUGUAAUUUUUACAGAGAUGUGAAGUGCUGUAAAAAAAAAACAUUUUGAGAUGUUUGUACUGUAAUUUUUACAGUGGGUUUUUUUCUAAGUGUACUCUUGCAAUAAAUUGUCCUUUUUUUGUAAA